AUCCGACACGCACGGCACGAGCACGACAGAUCGGGCGACUGGAGUCAUCGCCGCCGGGCCGGUCGCGGUCGGAUCCCCCCGCUCCGCCUCCUCUCCUUCGAUUCGUUGCUUCCCGCUUCAAAUCCAAGCCACCACCCUUUCCUUCCCAUGGCUUCCGACGCCCCGGCGGAGCAACCGGCGACGCAGCAGAAGCCCACCAGGGUCUCGCUGUCCUAUGAGGAGAUCUCCAAGCUCUUCUCCCUCCCCAUCGCUGAGGCGGCCUCCAUCCUCGGAGUCUGCACCAGUGUCUUGAAGAGGAUCUGCCGCACCCACGGGAUUGUUAGGUGGCCAUAUCGUAAGCUUGUUUCUGGGAAAGCUGGGGAUGACACAAAAGGUCCUGAUAGCGACAAAGCCAACGAACUCCUUGAGGUAUCAAAAAUCGCGAAACAAAAGGCUCCCAGUGCAUCAGGCCCAUCAGUAGUGUCAUCAAGCACUUCCCAAGGAGCGGCAAAGUCUCAACAGGGCAAUUCUAAGGCAGGACAGUUUUCAGUUUCGCCACCAACAGGUAAACAUAACGCAUCACUAAGUUUGACCCAUAGCCAAGCCAAGGCCAUCCCUUGCUAUAUGGAUGAUUUCAAGUACGGAUUCCCGUCAUCUGGCUUGUCUUGUGAAACUAUGAAAUGGUGGGGCACAAGCAGCGACACAGACUAUGUGCCUACCAAAGAUGGAAGCCAUGAACCCCAUGAAUCAACAACACAUGAGCCAUCAAAGGGCAUGACUGAUGAUGACGAGUUGGACUGGGGAGCAGAUGAAGCGGAAGCUGAAGCUGAUGGCACUGUUACGGCAGAGGCAUCGGCACAGCUGUGCUCGCUGAGAAGGAAAGCAGUAGAUGACGGGCGCAAACUAUUGAAUGGUCACAACCGCAGGGGCCAAGAAUUCUCUAGGCUGAACAAAAGGCAGAAGACAGCGCUAGCCCAGGUAUUUGGGGCUUCACUGCCAGAAUGUUGUAUUACUCGUGUCUAGUGAGUGAAGAACAACUGUAGCUGUGUUUUCCCUCCUUCUCCAGACCCUCAUGUAAUCUGACCCGUUAUUAGCGAGAAGUGUGAAAUCUUCUCACUGAAUUGAAGAAUGGCAGGAGCUUGUUUUGUCUUCCUUAUCAACAAGUUGUUGCUGCCGCUUUUGUCUACGUAUUUUCUCUCAUCUCCCAUGUGUGUACGAGGAGAGCACCUUAUGUUAUAUCUGUGAAUGCAGGUAUAUAUGUACAUAACAGCUGUGUUUCUUCUUUGUUUU